CUGUUCAUUUGUCCCAUGAGCUGGAUGCUCACAGUCAGCUAACAUGGGGAGAAGAAAAACAUACUCAUUACUUCUGUUGUAUUUCAUCAUUUCAGAUGUCGUCUGUAUGCCUACAUCACAAGUCAUAGAGCUGGACGUGGAUGAUGGGAAGGAUAUUUUUGAAAUCAAUGAAGAGGCAGGCUUAGAUCUCCUGGAAGGUGACAUUUGGAUGGAGAAGACUGAGGCGAGGAAUUCCAUAAUAGGAGACCAAUACAGAUGGCCAAGAAUUGUCCCAUACUACUUUGAAGACGAUCUUGAGAUCAAUGCGAAAGGUGUGAUCCUAAAGGCCUUUGAACAGUACAGGCUGAAGACGUGCAUUGACUUCAAACCGUGGACAGGGGAGAAUAACUACAUCUCCGUUUUUAAAGGGGGCGGAUGCUUCUCCUCAGUGGGGAACCGACGUGUGGGUAAACAGCAGCUGUCCAUCGGGAGUGGCUGCGACCGCAUCGCCACCAUAGAGCAUGAGUUCCUCCAUGCUCUGGGCUUCUGGCACGAGCAGUCCCGCUCCGACCGCGAUGACUACGUCAACAUCAUGUGGGAGCGUAUCUCUGAGGGAAGGGAACACAACUUCAACACAUACAAUGACACUACAUCUAGUGCUCUUAACGUGCCCUACGAUUAUGGCUCCAUGAUGCAUUACAGUAAGAACGCCUUCCGUAACGGCACUGAACCCACCAUCGUUACCAAAAUCCCUGCCUUCAGCGACGUGAUAGGCCAACGCAUGGAGUUCAGUGACAAUGACCUUCUCAAGCUUCGGACACUGUACAACUGCUCUGGCUCCUCCACAUUCCUGGACACCUGUGACUUUGAGCGGGAGAAUAUCUGUGGCAUGAUCCAGGGCCCGGGAGACCAGGCCGACUGGAUGCGGGUCGCCUCAGCAAGCGGUGGGCCUGCCACGGACUACUCCAACAUGGGAAAGUGCACAGGCAUGGGAUAUUUCAUGCACUUCAGCACUUCAUCAGGAAAUCAGGGCGACAAGGCCUUUCUGGAGAGCCGACUGCUCUACCCGAAGAGAGGUUUCCAGUGUCUGCAGUUCUUCCACUACAACAGUGGACACGUAACUGAUGAGCUGAGCAUCUGGGUGCGGGAAUACGACAAAUCUAACCCCAAUGGAACACUGCGUCUGAUUCAAACAGUCACUGGGCCUCCUGAGGAGAUUUGGCAGAUCCAUCAUGUGAGCUUGGACGUUUCUAAAAAGUUCCGUGUGGUCUUCGCGGGCACCAAAGGCUCUGGCCCAUCCACGGGAGGCCUCUCCCUGGACGACAUCAACCUCUCGGAGACCACAUGCCCUGAGCAUGUGUGGCGCAUCAAGGACUUCGACAAGGUCAUGUCGGACACCCCACAAGGCUCUACCAUCUACAGCCCACGCUUCAAGUCCAAAGAGGGCUACACCUUCCAGAUGGGUCUUUACCCCAAUGGCAAGGCAGACUACCCAGGGGAGCUGGGGGCCUACGCACACCUGGUGUCUGGGGACGACGCCACUGACGCUGGCCUAAAGUGGCCCUGCCCCUGGAAACAGAUGACCAUGAUGCUGAUGGACCAGAACGCAGACAUCCGCCGACGCAUGUCCAACCAGAGGAGCGUCACCGCGGACCCUACCGCUACUUUAGAGGGAUCAAACGUGCUGGUUUGGGACGACCCCCGCAAAUUGGGGAUGCAGGUGUCAGAUGCAGACGGGACCAAGUACUACCGGGGACCAGGAGCCGGGACCCCGGUGUACCUGACCCAGGCCAGGGCUCGCAGCCGCGACUUGAUCAAGGGCGGGGACGCCAUCUUCCUGCUCACCAUGGAGGAUGUGUCUCACCUGGUGCCAUCUAAGCCAGUUCCUAAUCCUUGUGAUCAAUUCAAUUGUGAGAAUGAAGGGAUCUGUGUGGUCGAGGGUACUGAAACACCAGCCUGCAGGUGUGCCUCCAGUGGUGACUGGUGGUACUACGGAGACAGGUGUCAGUUCAGAGGCUCCAGUCAGGACCAAGUGUUGACGGCCGUGUACGCCGGGGUGGGUGUCCUGGCCGGCAUGCUGAUCGUGACGGUGGUGAGUGUGCUGUGUGUGAAGAAGAAGUACCAGAAGAAGCUAAGCGCUAGAACCAUACCUUUGGAGGACAUAAAGACCGACAGAUUUUAACGGCCUCGGCCACGACGCAUGAGCCCCACCACUGAGAUAUCUGCUCAGAGGAGUAUUCCCAAGUUAAUACAGUAUUAUUUAUGGCACUCACCAACAGGCAUCCCUUUGGGAUAAAGACAUGCAAGGUUUCCAUUUCGAUAUCAUCAUCUGUAAGCACUUGAAUUGUCCUGCCUUUCCGUUUUAAAACAAAGAAUUGUUCAGUUAACUAUUGGGAAACUUAAAUGUGAUACUUGACUGAUUGGUCCUUGGAUCAGAUUGUGCCUUUCUAAUACUAAUAUCCAGUUAUCGUAUAAUGAAUUAUUGUAAUUAUAUAAUUUGUCAACCAUUGUUAUAUAUGAUCAUAAUAAUCAUUAUGAAGUGAAGCCUUUUUUAAUCAGUUUCUUUCAUCAACUGAAAGAUAUAUUUGAACCAGUAUACUCUCUGAUGGAUGCUUCCUGUAUUUGCUGUGCUGUUGGUAAUUAAUAAACCAAGGCUUAAUGA